AUGUGGAGACCAACGCGGGCCCUGAUGGAUACCAUCACUCAUUAUAGCCAGUUCCCUGCCACUGGUGUGAGCCUGCGACAGAUGGUACAAUUCGGGCGGAAUCCAUCUGCUGGUGAGCUCGAGGGUCCAAAUGUGCGGCGUUGGAAACCACAACUUGUUGACUUGAGUCGGAAACCAGGAACGUUGUUUAAGGCCUCACAAUUUUUGAGUGAGGAAUUGCCGAUUCGUUUGGCUCACAGGGUGAAGGAGCUGAAUCAAUUGCCUGAUGGAUUGAGUGAAAUGCCGUCUAUUCAGAGGGUUGCCAAUUGGUAUAUGCAGUCGUUUGAGGUUGGUGACUCAUGGUCCAUAGCUCGCUCUUCGAUCGUAGGUUAACGCGGGCAACAACCGUAGGAAAUUACUAGUCUUCCGAAACCCGUCCUUUCCCGAGAGAUACGUGAAAAGUUGAUGCGAAGGGAAAAUGGCUCGCCCAUCCCUUUAGAAACCGGUCUCGCCAAUCCUGAUAUCGAACCGGCGGCUUAUCGAAGUUCGCCAUGGCUAAUUGCCACGAGCGCUACCGGUAAUGGAAGAAAGGCACAAAGGUGAUCCCCAAUUCUUCUCGUAAUGUGGAAGCACGCCCCAAAACGGGCUGUCAUUGCACACUGCUCGGAUUCACGCCGGGAGGCCGGGCGUUAGUGCCGUAGUGUGCACAGGCAGUUUUCUCUAAAAACCCACCAGUGCAUCGCGAGUAAUCGAAUUCCCUUACCCGCGCUGGGCUAACGCUUAACAGACGAUACUAUGCUACCGUUGAUGACGGAGUGAGGUGGCCACCAGAAAUUGUCGACUAUAAUAAGCGUUUCACUAAAACCUUGCAAAACAUCAAGCAUCGCCAUGAUCCCGUUGUUACAACAAUGGGUAUGGCACUUUUUCGGAUCCAACAUCAUCCCGCCCCUAGGAAUGUAAUUGGCUAACGUGUGUGACUUUAUAGCAAUGGGGAUCAACGAAUACAAGCGGAAACGGCAACGGAUGCAGAUCGACAACUCAAUCCAAUCAUUCCUGGACCGUUUCUACAUGUCUCGGAUAGGGAUUCGCAUGCUCAUCGGCCAGCACGUCGCACUUAACUCUGCUCCCGAGCAAGAGGACUACGUGGGAAUUAUCUGCACGAAGACCAACGUCCGUGAACUCGCGCAGGAGGCUAUUGAAAAUGCCCGCUUUGUCUGCGAGGAUUAUUAUGGACUGUUCGACGCUCCUAAAGUGCAGUUGGUCUGCAAACCUGAUCUGCACUUUAUGUAUGUCCCGGGGCAUCUGAGUCACAUGUUAUUCGAGACUUUGAAAAACUCUCUCAGAGCCGUCGUGGAGACACACGGAAGUGAUGCUGAGGAAUUUCCGCCUGUCAAGCUAAUUGUUACAGAAGGCAAGGAGGUUUGUUUGGAAACUUGACUGUAUUGGUAUUAUCUACGCUUACCAGUUCGUAGGACAUCACCAUCAAAAUCUCCGACGAAGGCGGCGGGGUCCCGAGGAGUGCCAUACCGUUGGUAUGGACAUACAUGUACACAACCGUGGAAUCGACCCCGCCAAUCGACCCAGAUUUCAAUAAGAGCGACUUCAAGGCACCCAUGGCUGGUUUCGGCUACGGAUUACCGAUAUCGAGAUUGUAUGCAAGAUACUUUGGCGGAGAUCUAAAGUUGAUCAGCAUGGAAGGGUGAGACCCCCCCCCAACCAACAACAACAACAACAAUGUGAAACCAACCUGAGAAUGUUAUGAAUAGGUACGGAACGGAUGUAUACCUCCACCUAAACAGACUGAGCAGUUCCUCAGAACCCCUCCAGUGAAUUUACCAAGCAGAACCAAGCCAGACCACGACUGGACGGGUAACAGCAUGAUUGCGGCGUAUGGGAAGUCGUUUUUUCUUUCUUUCUUUUCUUUUUCCUGUUUUCUCUUCUUUUUACAGUUCUUGCAUGAUCUCUAUACCGGUGCUUCAUUCUGGGGGGCUUUCUUCUCUUCUCUUCUCUUUUCCCUCUAAACUCUUUCUUUCUUCAUUUUACAUCUCGCUUUCUGGCCUGCUUAAGUCGAUCGGUUAAUCGAAUUGUUUAUACUAAUUUCUCCUUUAACUUUUCAAAGCUGGAUGGUGACGGAAUUCACGUGUGCUGUACAGAGCAGGUAAAAGCAGGGCAGGGAAGGUACGAUAGUAGUAGUGGUAGUUUUCAUUUCACCAUAUCCAAAGUUCUGUGGCUCUAUGACCACGGUGGUGGGGUGAGUGUAUGGGGUGUACGGUUAGGAAUUGUUACGGCUUUAGCUUGAGGGCAAUGGGCAUGGUUGCUUUCUCCUUUUCCCUGUCCCCUAUGGCGCAUCAAGUCCGCCAUUCUCCGUUGCGGAGUAUAUUAGUAGUACUCGAUGGGAUUGCGGCCGGGGUGCUUGACAUGCACGAUAUGAUAAUAGACACGGUAACUCG